GCUGAAUAAAAAAAGCUGUUUAAAUAAAACAUCGUCGCAAUGUUGUUUCAAAACGAAUCAUUUAACAGAGAUUUAUAUUGAACGUUAGUUUUAAUUAAAACACGGAACACACAAAACUGUUUAAGCAAAACAAAGUUGAAAGAUCGUUUUAUUAAUGUUUUAUUUAGUAUUCAAAUAAUUUUAAUGGCAGAAGUAAAAGUUAAAGCUGACGAAAAAGCCCAAUGUAGAAAAAGAUCAAGACAUUGGGAUGAUGAGGAAACAAAAAUACUAAUAAGUAAAUGGUCUGAGGAUAACAUUCAAGAAAAAUUGAAGUCUUGCACAAGAAAGAAAAAAAUCUGGCAGGAGAUUUUUCUAUAUUUAAAAGCUUGUGGUUAUGAAGACAGAGAUGAAGAGAUGUGUAAAACAAGAAUUCAUACGUUAACAAGUGCAUAUCGAAGCUAUCUCAACAAACGAAAUACAAGCGGCACCGCUCGCUUCAAAAAGCCACCAUGCUUCGAAGAAAUGAAUAAAGUUCUAAAGGAUAAAUCAACUAGGUUACCUAGGUUACAACAUUUUUCAAAAAGUUCAUCCGACAUAAAUGGUUUGUCUGAACAUUCAGAUGCACUUGUUUUAAAUAAAGUCAAAACACCUGAAGUUAAUAACUUUAAUAGUUGUAUUUAUAAUUCAGUAAACUCAACAAAUAAUGAUUUUAAAGUUAAUCAAUCGAGCUCUAAGCAAAUCGAAGAUAAUCAAUCAAGCUCUAAGCAAAUCGAAAAUAAUCAAUCAAGCUCUAAGCAAAUCGAAGAUAAUCAAUCAAGCUCUAAGCAAAUCGAAGAAAAUCAAUCAAGCUCUAAGCAAAUCGAAGACAAUAUAUUAAAAACCAAAUCAAUUGGAUUUAAUCAAUUAAGCGCUAAACCAAUCAAAAUUAAUCAAUCAGUCUCUAAAUCCAAAGAUUUUUUAAAUAAAAAGAAAACUUUUUGCUUUAAAAAACCCAGAAUGCAAUCGAGAAGUGAAGUGUUGUUGGAAAAAAUAAACUCUAGUAUUAUAACAUUUAUGACAACUCGGGCUGACGCUGAUCGGAAAAUUUUAAAAAAACUUAUCGAAUAUCAUGAACAAGAAGACCCAUACGUUAUUAUAAAAGUACGCCAAGUAGGAGACUUAUACUUUGUUGAAAUAGAAUUUUUGUUGUCAGAUUUGACAUUGGAAAAACUCACAAGUGCUUUAAAACAGGAAUUUGUUAUACAAGAUAGCGCAUCUUUAUUAAUUACCAAACUACCAAACGUACUUAUCCGAAAUGAUAAUGAUGUUAGGCGUCUUAAAACUGGGACUGAAAUAGAGUUUUUGGUAAUAAUUGAAAAAAAGUGAAAAAUUAUUUCAA